AUUGCGUUGUUUGCUUUUGCGCGCGCCCCUCGCCGCCGCAAGUUUUGGGCUCGAGCCGCAGGGCUCGGGAAAGCAGGAGAACCAGGGUCCCAUCCCCUGGUUCUUACACCCACCCACCCGCCUGGGGUGCAGACCUGGGGCUGGGCUGGGACAUGUGCGCCGCUGAAACCCCAUGUCGGUGCUGGGUUGGUCGUGUUGUGUGUGCGUGGCUCGUCGCUGCCGCGGCCGCAGAAGCCCGCGGCCGCCGCCCCUCCGCGGCCGCUGCGCCCCCCGCGGCGCAGGCUCUGCCUGGGCAGCCGGUCAGCGUGGGCAGCGGCAGCGUGCCCGCCGCGGAGGCCCAGGAGCUGAACGGGGCGGCGCAGGGCGUCAGGGGCGCCGCUUGCGGGGGCAAACCAGUUGACCCCGCCACUGGGGAGCCUUGCGAGCCCGCCGCCGCUGCGGACGACGUGUGGAGCUCCAACGAGGGCGGCGACACACCAAAGGCUGUCGGGGCGGCCGACGUGUUCGGGGACGUGCACCCGGCGGUCGACCGCCAGUUGACCCAGUCGGCCGGGGAGAUCAGCGCGCUCCGGGAGCAGCAGGCGGACCAAGGGGAGGGCUCCCUGCUCCAGAGGAG